AUGGGACAAGAUGACCACGUCCCCUGGUCAUAUCUCCGCCUUCAUGGCCAGAGCGAGGUUGCCAGCAUAAACGACACACUGAUUUCUGUGCCCGAAGAUUGGAGUCAACAGUCAACACGCAUGAAAAUCCAGUCGAUCAAUGGCACUCACUACGCAUUUUCAGCUGCUCCCAGCCUGCAUCAAUCCCAGGAACAGACUAUUGCAUACAUCCCCGCUGGCUCUUUAAGAACAACCUACACAGGCUCAACCACAUACGUGACUCACGGAAAUCGCGUCUUGUUUGGGACCAUUUCUCUCGAUAAUGUACUCAAAGGUCUGACGCCCAUCGUCACUGUCUUGCGAGUGAGCUUCAUUGCAGGGUCACCGGAUUCACUGAACUCAGCGCUGAUCAGCGCAUCCCAAAUCAUAGACGUGACCGACCCCAAAGCAUAUACUCGCAAUCUGCCACUGAUAUCUGCAUUGGCCUAG